AGAACACAACAUAUUUCCACAUUUCCGUCAAGCUGGGGAAGAGGAAGCGCCACUGUUCUUACUGUUCGGUCAAAGAUAGAGCAAAAUUGGGUCACAAAAAUGUUAAAAUAUGAGACAGAAGUGUCUGGAAUGUCGUUACAGCCUGAUAAAUGAGGCCAGGAUGAUUUUCAUGGUGCUGCUCGCUCAAACUGUCCUCUCAGGUAAGCACUGUUACCUGUUAGCUUCCAGUUAGCACUCCAAGCUAACGCAGCGCUCCGUUCCAGCUGUAAACCACAGCUGUUAGACUAAAGUUUUUAACUCUUUUGUUCUCCUCCUUAUCCCCACAAAGUUGUAAAAAUCAGGAUAUGAAACUCAUAAUUUGUAUCACUGGUGGCCUGGUUUGCUCUUAUAUGUCAUAAAGAGGCAUCAGUAUGAAUUCAGGUGUAGAAAAACCUGAAGGAACUUUAAAGGGAUAUUCCGGCGUAAAAUUGAUUUAGGGUCAAACACACCGUAACACCGAGUUAAACAACCGCUAGAUAGAUGAAUGUUGCCGACUACUUGCUUCUCGAGUUAUACCAACUUUUAUAACAACCGCAGGAUAGAAAUACACAGCAGUCUGAGGAGCCAUGAACACCACUGUAUGGCCACAAAUAAUGCUCAGAACAGCACCUAACUUCAUCAACAGUACAUAUAGGGUCCCAGCCAUAGUACUAGCCACCAAACAUCUUCUUAACUUUGCUUAAUUUCUUAAUCAGAGAGACUAAACACAACUCACCUACUCUCUUUCAGCAGCCGCUUGUUUGUAGCGAAACCUCGGGCCAGUCAAUUAUGGACUGCUGCGGGGUGACGCAGCUCAAAGAAGAACAUUAAUGAUCAUUACUUUAUCAUUUUCUUGAAGUAAUAAUCACCUUAUUAAUCAUUUUGCUCUGCAGACGCAGUAGUUCUUCUGCCUUAGCGACUCGGUCUGAUUGUAUUUCCAUGAAGAGAUUAUCAUAAAUGUUCACUACAACCGAGCGACUGCUGGAAGAGAGUAGGUAAAUUGUGUUUAGUCUCUUUGCUAAAGAAAUUAAGCAAAGUUAAAAAGAUAUUUUGUGGCUAGUGCUGUGGCUGGGACCCUAUAUGUCCUGUUGAUGAAGUUAGGUGCUGUUCUGAGCAUUAUUUGUGGCUAUAGAGUGGCGCUUUGGUUGAGGGCGUGGGUCUCUGUAUUGUUAUCGUGCAGUUGUUACCAAAGUUGGUAUAACUAGAAAAGCAAGCGGUCGGCAACAUUCGUCUCUCGAGGGGGUGCCCAACUUGGUGUUAUGAUGUAUUUGACCCUAAAUGAAUCUUACGCCGGAUAAUCCUUUAAACUGGGGCUGCAGGUGACUGCUCUAGGGUUAAUCAUAAUUUUACAAAUUUACCUCUUGGACAUCAAAAUAUAACAUAUAACAACAAAGCUGCAUUGAAUCAGUGCAAUCUUAAUCCAAGGAUACUAACAAAGAAACCGCUGAAUUUGAGUGACUUUUUCAUCAAAUGAAUUUAGAUUGAGAAGAUUUGUUUUAGUAAGAUAACACCAUAUGAUCCGACUUAAGGUUUCUGUCCCGCUAUCAGUAAAAAAUAAGUAAAGGUGGUUUAAUCCUCGCAAAUUAAAGUUAUAACCAGAUUUAUUCUGUCAUCGGAGAUGUGAAAAAACAUGUUUCCAUUUAGUGAAGAUUAUAUCAGGUGAAAUCAGCCUGGUUGAUUAUGUCAAAAUGGAAGCUUUUAACUGUGAGUAGAGUGUCAGUGAAUCCCUGUCUCCCUUGCUCCCUCUCACGAUCACACUCAGAAAUAUAUUAAUCAUCUUCAUCCUCCUCCUCCUCCUGCUCAGCUCUAGGUGAGGAGCCUCCGGCCCCCCCUCAGGAUGUCCACCUUCAGAACUGGCUGCUGACGUGGACCCCUCCCCCUGAAGAGACAGCAGAGCUUACUUACACUGUGCAGAGCAGGUGCGCGUCCAAGGACAGGUCAUGUGACAAACUACAGGGUGUUUCAUGGGAGGGCAGGGCAGGGCAAGUUUAUCAACCGUGAGUCUCCAGUGAUCUCCUAUGAUCGGAUUCUUCUUCCCCACCUCACUUUCAAAUAAACACGAAGCCGUUUGAUGAUUUGAAGCCAGAUUUACCUGGUGUUAUAGUUCUGUGGUUUAACUCUGCUGCAUUAAUAACCUCUGACAGGAGGUUCAUUUUGCUGUCAGAUCUGUUUUUCUUCCUGCAGACUGUGAUGUCUUUCAUCUUUUCUGUUUAACGCCUACUAAUCAGUUACCUCUACCUGUCCUCAGUUUCCAUGACGAUGCCUGGAAGGGCAUCGACACCUGGAAGGACAUCCCCACCUGUGCCCACAGAUCCUUCACUUCCUGUAAUGUCACUCUGACAGCAGCUGAGAGCAGGCACGGCUGUGCGAUGCUGCGAGUGGUAGCUGAGAGACGAGGACUGACAUCCAAACCUGCGCUGGCCUGCAGCUUACGGGGUGAGAGAGAAACACAUUAGCACACGGGGUGAUUCGGGGUGGGCGUGUUCUUAAACAGUGACGUAUAUAACAUUGAUCUAUUGCCAUCACUUGUCCCAGGGGUUCUCAAGGUACAUCUCAGGGCUCAGCGGUGUCCUUCUGGCUAAUGAUGCACCAAUCCCAGUUCAGUUCCAUGUUGAUGCCUCACAAACUGUAACAUAAAUAAUGAAACAACAUUACUCAAGAUAGUGCCAUCAACUUUGUUUUCACUCUGUUUAGCAACAUACUACUCAUUGUUUAUGAUUUACCAUUUUCUUAUUUCACUCAGAACUCAGAAUUUAUAGUAAAUGUGAACAACUUGGUGCUUAAAUUUUAAUCAAAAAUGGAGUGAGAGCUCUCUACAUAGCAUAACACACUUCUUGUCUUUUUUUUAAUCUGCCUAUAUUGUGCAGUACUUUAUUAAGGGUGUACAGGUACCAGGUGUCUUGAUACUCUAUUUUGCACAUCAUUUUGGAGGUUUAAUAAUCAGUGAACAAAUUAAAAUCAGUUUCACCCUCUUAAGUGGACAAAAAAAACGUUGAUCACCAAUGUUCUUCUUAUGACUCAAGAAUGUAUUUAUCUUUUAAUAGAAAAACAACUUUGUGUUCUAUAUGGAUAUAUUUCCAAUAUCUGUGUUGUGCUCCUUGGCUAAAUUGCUUUAGUAUGCCCUAAGCCUGAUACAAAAUUUGGCACUUGUAUCAGCGAGUGAACAAUCUUUUCGCUGAGCCACUGGACUACAGGUGUGACCCGGGGUUUCUCUUUCUCUUCCUGCAGCUGACUCCUGCACACCUGAGGUGAGCCUGUCGGCCCGGCCCGGCUCUCUCACCGUCCACUUGAGUCGUGACCACCGCCUGGUCGAGAGCCACGCCGACCAUGCAGGGCAUCGAGUUUAUGUUGGCAUAGAGGGAGAGGAGGUGGAGGUGAGACACCUGAUUACUGAGCUGAUGUCGCUUGCUGUUUCCUUGCAGAGGAGUCACGUUGUUGACCCCUCUCUGCAUGGCUCAGAUUCUGCUGAUAUCUGUAUAUUAUUGAGUCAAAGUCAUGAACAGCAGAUCCUGAACAUCUGUGAACUCGAUGAACAAAGGUUUCAGACAUUUUAAAUGAACUCGCUGGACAGUCAUGUUUCUAACUGGUGAAAUAAAAACUAAUCGAUAACUCUGAGAACCAGAGAACACCCAUCAAGGUCAGUUUGAUUAGACCAGAUUACUUUGCCUCUAACACCUCUUCCUUUACCUGCUGCUCUCCAUCAGGAGCUUGACUCCACAUCUUCACUCACCCUCCGUCAGCUGCAGGAGGGGCAGCGCUACUGUGCUCAGGUGGGCUUCAUCCUCUACAACAAGAGUUUGGGCCCGCCCACCUGCCCCAAGUGUGAGCUUAUUCCCAACAAAGGUGAGACAGGAAACAGGUGGGAACAGGUACCCUAAAAAACUGAAAGGUGAGCCAGUAUUACAAACACGUACAGAGGUUAGACAGGUAACUGAAUUUCUACCACAGGUGAGCCAGGUAAACUACAGUAACUUAGCAGUAAGACUCUUCCCCUGUUGAUGUGUAUUCUGUCAAACAGAUCAUAUCCCUGGGUCCUGGGUAUAGGCUUCGGUAUGUUUAUAAUAAUAUAUCGACUACUACUCAAAAUAAUAACUUAAUUUAUAUAGCACUUUUAAAAACAAGAGCUUACAAAGUGCUUUAACAUGCAGGAAGGCAAAGAAGAUAAAAACAACAUAACAAGAGAACACUUAGGGGAAAUGACACAUUACUGGCAGUAAAGAAAUAAAAUAAAUUAAAUAUCAAAUAAAAUAUGACUUAGUUAUGACUUAUUUUUUCUAUUAACAGGACAUAUAAUUGUGUUUGUGUGUUUCCAGAUGCUGAGAUGAAUCCUGGAGUGAUAGUGGGUGCGGUUCUUGUUUUGUUUGUUCUGAUAAUGGUCACAAUGUACGUCCUCAUCUACCACAGUGGAAAGAUCAAACGCUGGCUCCGCCUCCCGUACACCAUCCCAGAUGAUGUGAGGACACACACACUAACACACACACACACACACACACACACACACAGUGCAUCUUUUUGUGUUCAAUACUCCUUUUUUUCACACAAUGCUUUUAUUUUGAAGUUGCGUCCAGGACAGUAUUUUUGGUAAAUGAAGUCAUCUGCACGGCUCUGUAUUUGAGCUUUAGGUGAACUUAAGGUGUUCAAAGGCGGGAUGAGUCGUGUUACCUGCAGUUCAUCUCUGACUGAAAUCACCUCACCUGUUUGUCUUUCUCGUCCAGUUCCGCAUGCUGCAACCCCUCCCCAUCCCCACCUGCAGCCCCACAGAGGAACACUUUGAGGAAAUUACCUGUGUCACACCUGUGGAGGGAGAGGUCACAUCCUAGGAGGAGGUCAAGUCGUUUGGACAAAAAAACUAAAUGUGAUGGCGCUUCAGUGUGAACAACAAUCUCUGAACGGGUGAUCUGUUACCUGGACUCUCUGUUAUCACCUUUGCCCCCAGUGAACAGGUGAUGUUUGAACCUGUUCGUUCAUUUUGGUGCUGUAGCAGCACAUGACAGGUGGGUCCUUGUUCACACCUCUAUGUUUUAAGCAUUAGGCUCACACAAAGGCCUUUUCCUUUUUUGUUUUUAAACUUCAUUUCUUACUAUGAAUGAUUUUAGGUCUGCUACGAAGUAUCACGUUUUUUGUUAUGAUGCAGAAUUUCCACAAACUUCAGGAAACUGGAGAUAUCCCUAAUAAUCAGGAGCUGUGUGCAGAGGUGAUGUUAAAUACACAGACUACACCACAACUUUUUACACUAACCUGAGCAAAGAAUAAGGACAAACACGAGAACAUAUAAAAGCAGAAAUGGAUUUAAAGGAGAUGACCAACACACAUUUAUCUUUAGUUCAUGGAUCUUUCUGUCUCCUUCCUGAUGCUGGUGAGUCAUAAUGAUCAAAUUUAAGGGCCAAGAUCCUUCUACAUUUCUUAAACUAGACUGCAUUAACCAGGAUAUCCAUUUUUCAUUUCAUAAGUAACAAACUGAUGUAGAAAUCAGUCACUGAAUUCACAUUUUGCUGUUCUAAAUGAAUCGAUAUCGUUCUUCUCUCGUACCCCCAGCCAUGUUCGGUGACGUGUAUUUUAUGAUUGUUAAAAUGUGUCCUAACACCCCUAAAAUCUACAUCAAUCAGUUUUAUACUAUAGUAAUCAUAGAAACAGAAACUCACAUGACUUUAGAAUGUAACCUUGGGUCUUUAUUAUCUCAGCUGUCUUUAUCGAUUAUUUCAUUGCUUGGAUUUUUUUCUCUUUUGGCCUUUGAGGGAAUUCAUAACUUAACUCCUACUGUUUCAACUUGAAUGUUUUUUUAAUUAGAUUUUGAUGCACUAGAUUUUUAAGUUACUGAGAUGCCCAGUGUUUUUAGAGUUUUUAUGUUUUUGGUUACCUUUGGGAAGCACUUGGAACAUUCUCUGUUUAAAAUGCUUGUCUGCUUUGUGACCGAUCACUGAAUGACUGAUUGUGCCUGUAUUUGUCAGCUGUAAACAGACUUUUUGACUGCCUGAAAGUGAAUAAAAAAAUAACUAUUUUUCUGAAA